AUGUUCUUCGGACCCACUAUUUAUAGGUUGUGCGAACAGGGUACUGAAGUAUACAUAUUAUGCUUAUCUGAAGGUAACUAUGAAGGGAAAGGUCAAAUACGAAAACAAGAAUUAUGGGCUGCGUGCAAAGAACUAGGUGUUCCUGAUCAGAAUAUUUGUCUUAUCUCAGACACAAGGCUUCCAGAUGACCCUAAAGCACAGUGGCCUGUGCCAGUCAUAGCAAAACUUAUUGAACAUAGAGUUGAAGCAUUUGACAUUGAUACUCUUGUUAUUUUUGAUAGAGGGGGAGUCUCCUCUCAUCCAAAUCAUGCAGCUGUCUUUUAUGCUGUAGCUUAUAUGUUUGUUGAGAGAAAUAUGCCAGAAACAUGUACAGUAUAUACUUUGGACUCUGUGAAUAUACUGCGAAAAUACUUAGGAUUCCUAGACUUGCCCCUUAGUUUCUUGCUGUCUUCCAAAAGAUAUUUUCUCCGCUGGACAGAAAGCCGCCGAGUGCUGCGCGCUAUGAAACGGCAUCAAAGUCAAAUGGUUUGGUUUCGUUACUUGUACGUUAUCUUCUCACGUUACAUGGUGAUCAAUACGCUCCGAAAAAUAAGCCUUGCCGAUAUUGAACUGGAACUGGAAGUAGAUGAUUAA